AUGAGCAGCCAGGACGUAUUGUUAUUAAAGAACAGGAGUGUACCGGAAGACAAGUAUCAGCGAAAGUUUGCUAGUAGUUCACAGUAUAGACCUCAAUUCAUUCCAUUAUUAAGUCAUGAAUCAUAUAAUAAACAAGCUACUAUAGCAUAUCUUAAUAGUGAGAAUUUCGCUAAUAUUGGAGUAUUUGUGAUUACAUCCCAACGAGGAGUUGAAAUACUUGCUGAAUGUUUACAAGAAAUUACUGAUGAAGAAAUUCAACAGACUAUAUUUAAUAAGAUUGCAUAUACUGUAGGACCAGCAACUUAUGAACAACUUAAAGAUAUUGGAUUUAAAAAUGUUAGAGGAGGUAAUAAUGCCGGAAAUGGACAAAUCUUAUCGGAACUUAUGAUAGCUGAACUUGUAGAUGAUGAAGAAUUACAAGAUAGAAGAAUAGUUACAUUUUUUACCGGAGAAAUUCAUCGAGAUAUUAUACCGAAUAAUUUAAUUAGUGCUGGAUUUGAAGUUGAUAAAAAGAUUAUUUAUAGUACUAAAGUAAGAGAUGAUGUAUUAGAUAAUUUUACAUCAUUUGUAACUGAUAAUACCGAAAAUGGUUGGGUAGUACUUUUCAGUCCUCAAGGUACUGAACAUAUAGUUAAGUAUAUUCAAACUAAUAAAGUUAGAUUUAAGAUAGCUGUGAUUGGUCCAACCACUGAAACAUAUUUAAAUAAUCAUGGUAUAAUUCCUACAGUUGUAUCACCUAAACCUGAUGCUGAAUCACUUUAUAGUAUAAUUAGUAAUUACGAUAGAUUUAAUUAA